AUUGUAAACAUCUUUUUUUCGCUGCCUAAUACACGUUUUUGUAUCUUUGUAGAUAUUAUUAAUUAUUGUUGUAUUAUCUCGGAUAAAUCUUUUUAAAAGAAAUAUGAAUGAAGUUAAUGCUGAUACAUGUUAUAACCUAUCUUAUUUCAAAGAUCUUAUGAAAGAAUAUAGAAAAAUAGAUGAUAAUAUUAUGCUGAAAUUGAACACAACUGAUACGCAUUCUAAAGAGGCUUGCGCGAAUUUUUUCGUAGAAUUAGCUGAUGCUUAUCAAAAGAGAGAAUAUGCUAUAGAUAAAUGUCUAAAAAUUUUAGAUGCUGAGUUGGAAAAAAAACAUAAAGCACUGGAAGAUGAUCCAUUUGAUAAAGAUUUAAAGAAUCAAAUGUUUGUUGAUGAAUCAAAGAGACGAAUGAUUAAUAAUGAAUUUACAGUAGAAGAUAUUGUGAGAGAAAGAAGUCUAACAGUAUUUAAGAACAAAUGUCGUAUAUUUCAUAUAUCAAAGGAAUUUGAAGAAUUCAUUAAUAAGAGACGAUAAAAAUAAACUUUCUUUUUUUAAUGUAAUAAUUUAUUAGCAAAAACACGGAAAUGCUCUAUAUUCCCUUAAAUUUUUUAAAUGGGUCGUAAACUCUA